GGGAAAUCGGGCCCUGGGGCGAAGGCAGGGGCCUGUGUCUGACCUUGUGGUUGAUAGUGGAUCCCCCGCGCAGUUGUUGUCCUGAAAAAGUAGUUGCGUCUGUGGUUAUAUUGUCACUGCAACCCUUGAUUUACUCUCUGUCUUGAAGCCUGUGUGAGUAGGAGUUGUCGCUGCUGUGGGGAGAGGUGCCCCGUUAGUAAUCGAUAGGUUUACUCAUUGCAUUACAUGCAAGGAUAAGCUUGUGGCAGUGGCGAAGACUUCGAGGGGGAAAGGCUGAUUUCUCCGGGCUCCUGGGACCCUGAAGAGAGUUAGUAGGUCAUGUUGGAAGGAUCAGGAUUCUUGGCCGUGAAGAAGCAGGAGGAGAUGUUGCUGAUGCUGGAUGUGGACCAGGCCAGUAGCCGUUAAUGCUGGCCGUGUUUCCACUUGGACAUGGGGCCAGCGAGGUUCCCACUGUUUGAAGGCAGGCCCCUGAUUUGCACUGGCAAAGCCUGUUGUAGGACCAGGCUGUGUCCUGUUGCUCUUCAGUUGGAGUUUCAUUUAUCUUGUCCUUUAACACCAGUUUACUUCAACAUGCAGGUUAGGAAUAAUGUUUCCAACAUGUCUGUGCAGUCGCUGCUUUGUGAAAGAAUUGCUGUUGCCAAAGACUUGAUUAAGAGAGCGGAAGCCCUUUCCAAGUCCCAGAAAAGGAGAAUAGAAGGUGGGGCAAAGCUAUGUAGCAAACUGAAGGCUGAGCUAAACUUCCUGCACAAGGUGGAGGCAGGGAAAGUGGCCAUUAAAGAAUCCCAUUUGCAGAGUACAAACCUUACCCACCUCCAAGCCAUUAUUCAGUCAGCAGAGCACCUGGAGGACGUUGUCAGUGUCCUCCAUGUCUUUGCUUAUGAGGACAGGUUUGGAGACAAACAGACGCUGGUGGUAGAUGUUGUUGCAAACGGAGGUCACACGUGGGUGAAGGCCAUUGGUCGUAAAGCUGAGGCCCUGCAUAACAUCUGGCUGGGAAGAGGCCAGUAUGGUGACAAAAGUGUCAUUGAGCAGGCGGAGGACUUCCUGCAAGCAAGCCGUCAGCAGCCAGUGGAGUACAGCAAUCCCCACAUCAUCUUUGCAUUCUACAACAGUGUGUCCAGUCCUAUGGCAGAGAGGCUGAAGGAGAUGGGAAUAUCUGUGAGAGGAGACAUUGUUGCUGUAAACUCACUGGUAGAACCAUCUGCAGAAAACGAGCAUCUUAACCCCAGUGAAUCAGAUGAAGAAGGCCCUGAACUCCUGCAGGUGACCAGAGUAGAUCGGGAGAAUUUAGUGGCCAGCAUUGCUUUCCCUACCCAGAUCAAAGUAAACGUCUGCAAUAGAGUUAAUUUGGACAUCACUACCUUAAUAACCUAUGUCUCUGCGCUGAGCUAUGGUGGCUGCUACUUCGUCUUCAAAGAAAAAGUGCUGACAGAGCAAGCAGCCCAAGAAAGAAGGGAGAGAGUCCUGCCUCAGAUGAGGGAGUUCAUGGAGGGAAAAGAGCUCUUUGCUUGUGAAUCUGCUGUCAGAGAUUUUCAAUCCAUCUUGGAAACACUGGGAGGACCUGGGGAGAAAGAGCGAGCUGCAUUGCUUGUUAAAAGAAUUAAUGUGGUGCCCGAUCAGCCGUCUGACCGUGCCUUAGGACUAGUGGCUAGUUCAAAAAUCAACAGCCGCUCUCUAACCAUUUUUGGGACAGGGGACACUUUAAAAGCCAUCACCAUGACUGCAAAUAGUGGCUUUGUGAGGGCAGCGGCAAACCAAGGUGUCAGGUUCAGUGUUUUUGUCCAUCAGCCACGAGCAUUGACAGAAAGCAAAGAAUCUUCUGCCACGCCUUUACCAAAGAGCUGCCCAUCUGAUAAUGGACUGUAAGUCAUUAAAUGAGUUAGUAAUGGAAAUACUACAGGUAUUGCAGUGGGAGGCAUAUGGAGAAACCGAAGAAUCAUAGCAAUACAGUUUUGGGUGUGUAUCAGUGAUGACAGGAACUAGCAGUGGAAGAGCUCCUCAAGGAAUUUGUAUUAUCUUUACUCCUUCCUUGGGGUUAUUUUUUGUCCAGCUGACCAUUAAUUUAUUCACUAAAGUAAUAAGAAUUCUAUGAAAAUUGUUAACUGGCUUACAAUGUAUUAAUUGUAUCCAUCCCCAUUAAAAAAUUCAGUUAAAGCACA